AAUUCAAAGCCCAAUCUAAGGACAUGAUUCAGCCCGUAAUCACAAAAUGUGUUAGCUGAAGCGUAUUUACAUAUCGGCGAGCACGACCGGCGACGGCGAGCGCACCGGCAAGAUGAAUUACGUCCGGCAGAGUCCGACGAGUCGGAGAAUGGCAUGGCCGCUGCAAAUGGGUGGACUUUUGAUGCUUCUUUUACCAAAUCUGUUUCCCAGUCUCUUCUCUCCUCUUGGCCGCUCUUACCCUUCCCUUUUUUCUGAAUGGAAUGCUCCAAAGUCUAUGCACGUGCAUUUACUAAACAGGGCUUUGCAACAACAGACAUCUAAUGCGCAAGAAGCAGACCUCUGGUCGCCCUUGCCUAAUCAGGGAUGGGAAGCCUGCGCUGAUAAUCAAGACACUCAAUCAUUGCAUAGGAAGUCUCAAGUGUACAUACAGGUGUUUUUGGAUGGAGGAUUGAACCAACAGAGAAUGGGGAUCUGUGAUGCAGUAGCUGUUGCUAAAAUUUUAAAUGCGACACUUGUAAUUCCGUAUCUUGAAGUAAAUCCAGUUUGGCAGGACCCAAGUUCCUUUGCAGAUAUUUUUGAUGUUGAUCACUUUAUCAAUAUCUUGAGUGGUGACGUCUCUGUAGUUAAAGAGCUUCCCAGUGAGUACUCCUGGAGUACCAGAGAAUACUAUGCAACAGGCAUACGAGCUACUAGAAUUAAGACAGCGCCUGUACAUGCUUCUGCUACAUGGUACCUGGAGAAUGUUCUGCCUGUAAUGCAGAGCUAUGGGAUUGUAGCUAUUGCUCCAUUCUCUCACCGUUUGGCUUUUGACAACCUACCUUCAGACAUCCAGCAUCUGCGUUGUAAGGUCAACUUUAACGCGCUAGUUUUUGUUCCCCAUGUCAGAACGUUAGGCGACACACUCGUCAGUCGUCUGCGUAGCCCUCCUAGUAUGAAUAAAGCAUCAAGUGCUACACACUUCCACGUUAGGGAAAAUGACAGAGCAGGAGCUGGAAAGUAUGUUGUAUUGCAUCUUCGCUUUGAUAAAGAUAUGGCUGCUCACUCAGCUUGUGACUUUGGUGGCGGCAAAGCUGAGAAACUUGCUCUUGCAAAAUAUCGCCAAGUACUUUGGCAAGGGAGAGUUCUUAACUCCCAGUUCACAGAUGAGGAGUUAAGAGGCCAAGGGCGUUGUCCAUUAACUCCUGAAGAGAUAGGACUCCUUUUGACAGCCUUGGGAUUUAACAACAGCACACGGCUAUAUCUUGCUUCCCACAAGGUUUACGGUGGAGAAGCAAGGAUAUCGGCUCUUCGCCAGUUGUUCCCAUUUAUGGAGGACAAGAAAAGCCUUGCUUCUUCUCAUGAAUUAUCCGAAGUGGAAGGAAAAGCUUCUUUAUUAGCUGCUCUGGAUUAUUAUGUGAGCAUGCAGAGCGAUAUAUUCAUUUCUGCUUCUCCCGGCAACAUGCACAAUGCACUGUUGGGGCAUCGAGCAUACAAGAAUCUUAAGACUAUUAGACCAAACAUGACAUUGUUAGGCAAGCUCUUCCUUAACAAGACUAUGGAGUGGUCUGAAUUCCAGCGUGCAAUACAGCAGGGUCACAAGAAUAGACAAGGGCAAAUGCGGCUACGCAAGGAAAAACAGUCAAUAUAUACUUACCCUGCUCCUGAUUGCAUGUGUAAAACUUAAUUUUGACACUUUUUGGAGACUCAUUUUAUCAAACGUGAUAUUCACAAGUAAAUUUGUUACUUAUAUUAUUGUGUUCACUACACCAAAAUAGGAUCUUUAGUUGACCA